AUGGGAAAAGGGGAUCACUGUGCUGUUUAUGGCUGUGAUAACGAUAGAAGAUAUCCUGAAAAAUAUAUCGUUUCUGAUCACAAAGAGACAAAAAUUCUGUGUGAGAAAAGCUUUGAGCAUCAGGAUAAGGCAUUUUUUGCUGCUGAAAUCACUGCUCCUGAGCAGUGUACUGAGCCGGAGUCUGUGCACGAAGACAGUCCACAAAUAAAUUGUACAACAGACUUGGAUGUUACAAGUUAUGAUUCUGAUGAAAGUGAUAAACAUGACCUCAUUGACUGUUUUUGCCAGGGCGAAGUUAAAACGUUGAAAAGAAACUUAUUUAUUGAACAAGCUAUUUGCCAGAAGAAUUGCUACCGCUACACUGGAUUGUCACUAGAAAAGUUGAACUUAGUUUUCAGUUUGAUUGAAGAGAAAGCAAAGAGUCUAAGGUAUUGGAGAGGUUCUACUGAUACAGCCACUGCCCAGUCUAUUAAAGGAGGGCAUGUCUCAAGAGUAUUGUCACAUUGGGAAGAAUUCAUUCUUACUCUUGUCAGGACACGAAAACGAUUUGAUAACGAGCUGUCAUUCGUUGUGCCUUGGCCAAGUAAGUCUGAAAUCAAAGAGAAACUACCUAAGCGAUUUCAGAAAUUUAAAAACUUAAGAAUAAUCAUUGAUUGCACAGAAUUUUUUAUACAAAAACCUAAGAUACCUGGGAGCCAGAAAAUCUCAUGGAGCAGCUAUAAGCAUUGGAACACUGCUAAACUAUUAGUUGGCAUUACCCCUACUGGUAUUUUUUCCUUCAUCCCACCCCUUAGGACUGGUUCAAUAUCUGACAAGGAAAUGGUCACCAACUCUGGUCUCAUAAACUUACUAGAAAAAGGUGAUGGUGUCAUGGCUGAUAAGGGAUUCCUUGUUAGAGAUCUACUUGUGGUGAAGAAAGUUCACCUUAUUUCUCCCGCCUAUUGUCGUGGACCAAGACUUUCCUCUCGUGGAACAACUCAUACUCGGCGUGUGGCAUCAUUAAGAUCUCAUGUCGAAAGGAAUAUAUUGAAACUAAAGCAAUUUCAGAUUUUAUCAGGAGUUAUUCCAUUGACAUUAAAACCAGUUUUCGACAACAUUUUGUUUAUGUGUGCCGCUUUAUGUAAUUUAGGAAAGCGUGGUAUAAAGUAA